CUCUCUCUCUCUCUCUCUCUCUCUCUGUGUGUUUUCUCUCUGAUCCACUCCUCCAUUAUUUUGUGUGUUCAGAGUACUACACAAACCCCCAAGCUGGCAUCAUGGCCCAUUCCUGUCACCUGUCUGCUUUUCUUCUCUUUCUCCCCCACCCCCUACUGUAAAACCACAUAAUAAUAAUGAUUUCGCCCAUACUUGUGCGUUGUUGAAUGGGCUUCUUCUGGGGACGUCUGAGAUGGAACUGGGUUCAAACUCUUCUUCUUCUUCUUCAGGGAAAACCUCGGAUUCUUCGCUCAAUAUUGGGUUGAAGAUUGGACAGAAAGUGUAUUUCAAGGAUGUGGGUGCUGGGUCGGGAGGUCUCGUGAAGACGGGGAGUGGGUCGUCUUCGGCGGCGGCGGGGGGAGGUGGGAGUGGGAGUGGGAGUGCGCUGCCGCCGCCGCCGCCGACUUCGCCGGCGAAGAAAGGGCGGAGUGGGGUGGUGCAGGGCGGGCAGCCGCCGCGGUGCCAGGUGGAAGGUUGCAACGCAGAUCUGAGCGACGCCAAGGCGUACUAUUCACGGCAUAAGGUGUGCGGUAUGCACUCCAAGUCGCCGACCGUCAUUGUCGCCGGACUUGAGCAGAGGUUCUGUCAGCAGUGCAGCAGGUUCCAUCAAUUGCCAGAAUUUGAUCAGGGAAAACGGAGCUGCAGAAGGCGCCUGGCUGGUCAUAAUGAGAGGCGAAGGAAGCCCCCGCCUGGAGCUCUGUUAUCCUCGCGCUAUCCUGGUCUUUCUUCACCAUUGUUAGAUAGCAGCAGCAAAGGCAGUGGAAGUUUUCUGAUGGACUUUGCAUCGUACCAAAAUCCGGGUGGUAGGGAUUCGUGGCCUAAUACGAGAGCAUUUGGGCGAGGGUGGGAUGGGCAAACCACUUCCCCUGGAAGGUUUCUCGAACAGCGAUGGCAGAGCGGCUCAGAGGAUCCCCCACCCGAGCUCCUUCUUCAAGGUGCAGCAGCUCCUGGGACUGCCUACACUGGUCCUAAUGUUCCUUCAGGAGAAUGUUUCGGUGGAGUUUUGUCCUCCACUCGUGCUCUCUCUCUUCUGUCAAAUCAGCCCUGGGGCUCUAGAAACCAGCACCCACUGGCUCUCGGGGUUAACAGCUUACUCGCCACUGAUGCCACGACACCCACAGUUCACCAAGAUGCUGCUGCCAUCAACGAAUUCUCCCACCCGCCAUGGGGCUUCAAGGGAGGCCAACCCACCAGCAGCUCAACCGAGAUGCUUCCCGAUCUGGGCUUAGGCAAGAUUUCGCAUCCUGCAGACAGUCACUACUCUGGGGAGCUCGGGAUGGCUCAGCAGACCGAAACUGGAAGGGAAUACGUGGGACUGGAGCAGUCGAGGGGCUACGAUUCUACCAUUCAGAAUGUCCACUGGACUCUCUGACCCGAACAUCUUCCCCAUUCCCGUAAUUUCUACUAGCACCUAGGAUGUUUUUUUGUGGUGUAAUCUGUGCUCCUCUUAAUUGGAGUUAGAACAGAAGAUGACCUUUUGAUGACUGUCUUUGGUAGGCUGCUAGGCAACUUUUGAUCAUGUAAUGCUUGUGUUGAAUACGCAUAAGCCAUGAAUCAUUGCUUUAUCCUUUCUGGUUUCCAGUAUGAACUCCUCAAGGUGUGAUGGGAGAAUGUUUAUCUA